AUGCCACCGCCUGAACAGACUUCAAAUCUUCGAAAUGCCGCGACCAACAGCAGUGCGAAUCCAAAUUCAGCGCCAUCCCCUAUAGACACAGAUACUUCGUCCACAGCUGUCGUGCCUCGUUCUGGGAGUGGAAGCUCGACCCCACAACAGCGAAUCGCUCCCGUGGCCCGAAUGAUGGCGCCUUUAAACGCCUCAGCGAUAGCAACCACCACAAAGUCAUCUCUAAUACUCGACCCCCUCAGGCAAUUUGGGAAGGCGCUGCUUGAUGUGAUGGAAGCGCGAGGAGAGGUCGAUGUGGUGAGACAACAACUAGUUUUGAGUAAUCUCCAGGCUGGCAGAAAGAGCGGGGACAAGCAGUCUUGGGGAGCGAAGGCUAUUGGCGAAAUGUCUGAAGGGAACAAGGCCUUGAAUUUGCUCUAUGAAAAGAAGGAGGCAAAAUAUGAGGAACUUCUUGCUGCCCAAGAGACAGCCACUCAGACCCUCGCUUCUGUCCUAUCAACGACUACUCAGACCACAGCGAGCACAACGUCUACAUCUGAAUUGAAGCAAAUGCUCGACCAGAAAGAUGAUGAGCUGCUUCAACUCAAAACCCAGAUGACUGAAAUGUCGCGCACUUUUGUAGACAUUAAAAACCAGUUUAAUCAGAACAAGGACAACAAGGCUAUUAGGCAGAAGAAGGACGAUGAGGUUCGUUCGGAAUUCGACAAGCUAAUCGUGCGCCAAGGGGAUCAUCAGACGCGCAUUUACGAGCUUGAACUAGGCUCCGAUAAUUAUGCGAAGCGCAUUUCACGACUGGAAGGCGAUACUGACAUCGUCUGGAAACGCACCGCGAGACUGGAAGAGGAAAUGGAUCAUGAAAUGAAGAGGACGAUCAGCAAUGCCACAAAGGCUCAGGUGCAAAAGACGGUACCCCUGGAAAUGGAUGCUCUCAAGGAUACGAUCCGUAAAGACAUCAAGAGAAUCGAAGGCGACUUUGGGUCUAAACACAAAAAUCUCGAGGAAGCCCAAUUGCGACAGGCCAACCAAUUGUCAGAGACAUCCAAAUCGGUCAAGGACGUCGAGGAGAACCUCAAGGCCGAAGGAAAACAAAUUGCUGAUCUAAGCACCAAGAUUGGUGGGGUAGAGAGCCGGGUCGGAACGUUCGAAAAUUGGGUCUCAGGCCAGGUCAAGGCGCUGGAAGAGCGAAUAUCUGAGAAUGCGGGUGGAGGAGAUGCAUCCACGCCUAAAGAUUUCAGUGAACUGUCAGACGAUGUGCAAUCCCACGAAAUCGCGAUCCAGGCAUUACAAAAGAAAGUACAUGGUCUGGAUGCGUCUCAGCUGCAAGAUUUCAUGUCCACUUUCGAAGAUCAUAAGAACGAUGUUCAAGGUCAUAAGGAGGAUACGGACAAGAAACUUGAAGAGUUCGAACAGAGACUAAGCAAGACAGAGGGCACCGUGGACGAAAUGGACAAAAAGCGAUUGCCUAAUGUUGCGGUUAAGUUAACUGAGGUACACAACCGACUGUCGACUCAAGCACAAUCUCCGUCUCCGCGCAUGACGAAUGCCAAUAUGAACGUUCAAAAUGGGGUCUCCGCACCACUCAUUUCACGCGAAGCUGCAGGAAAUGCAGCGAUUGAAGCGAUUAUUAGGGACAUUCAAAAUAGAUACAACCACAUGAGUCAGCACCUAAACAAUAUUGCACCCCGUAUGCAACAAGCGGAUAACCAAGCGAAAGAUGUGGACGAUCUAAAUAGAAGAGUCAAGACGAUUGAGCAAGACCUAGAGUGUUGCCAAGAUGGAAUAAGGGAUGUGGAAGAUCGGGUCAACAACAUGACGACUGAUGAGCUAGUCAAGGCCAUGGUAGAUGUAGGCCUGCCUCAGUGGAAGUCUCAUUUCCCGGCUGCCUCAAAAUUUGAGGCCGAGACUGAAAACGCUCGUCGGGAGAUCGGUGUCCUGAAAAAUCAUCUUACCACACUCCACCAGUCUCUUCAGAGAUUUCAGGGAGAUCUUCAAGCGAAGGACGUCAAGAUCACACAAACCGGUGACAGAGCCGAACUGGCCAUGACCACCGUUCAGCAGGUCACGCGCGAAGUCUCUAAGAUCCAAAACGAGACGAAAGAAAGUACUGCAAGGCUUGAUAGAGAAGUCAAGUAUUCCACGACGAGGCUGUCGGGUGUUGAGCGGGACUUGGGGACCAUGGAGUACAAGGUGUCGAAAAUCGAGAAGAUGUCAGAAGGCCACCUCGACUCUGUCGUUGUUUUGCAGGCAGCCGUUGAAGAAGUCAACCGUCGAUUGAACAGUCCUUGCAAGCUCCCUGAGUGGGAGAAGCACUAA